GAAGACUGCGAGGCUCAUACUACCGCUGUAAGACAGGUGCUUCGACGGAGUGGAACGAGCAACACACAAUACCUUUUUUCUUCUACUUCUCCUUCUUCCGUACAUCAACUGCAGGAGUUCCUCUGCGAGAUCGUAUCCUUAACUUCUGACUGCCACAUCACCGAACUUCAAACUUCAAACCUACUACUGUGAAUAACGCUGCGGCCUAUCAUGAGAACAAGACACACCGCGCACCCUCUUCCAGCCUUUCCCGUAUUCUCUUCUGCCUUCCUAUCAUCAAACGAGGUAGUUCUUGGUGGAGGCGGUGGAGCAUCUAGAAGUGGAAUCAAGAAUAAACUUAGACUUUAUCGCGUGGACGAAGAUAGAAGCUUGCACCUCUUAAAUGAGCUGGAGCUGGAGAAGGAUGAAGAUGCGCCAAUGAGUAUGGCCACGCAUCUCGAGACGAAAACAGUGGUAUGUGGGAUAAAUAGUACAACUGAGAAGUUACAAAAGGGACAAAACGAAAACUGUCGCGUAUUUGGUUUGAGUGGUGAAGAACAUAGACUGGAGCAGCUGAAUACAAAAGGAACCCUGCUCUCGGGAGACACUGAAGACUACCAGAAAGUCACCGUCAUAUCGCCUGACGGAUCACUUUUGGUGGUAGCCGGAAAUCGCGAGCUUUCACUCUUAUCGUAUCCAUCUCUUUUGCCUGUCGCGCAAACCAUCAAUGUAACAGAGGGAGAUAUUUACGACGCAACAUUAUCCUCUUCACAUUUCGUCAUAACGACAACCGUCAAUCUCCUUGUUUACGCCCUUCCAGGAACUUCGUCACCUACGUCCUCUCAGCAGGAUGAACGGCCAAGCGAGAAGCCUUCGAAGAAGAAGAAAGGCAAACAGAAGAGUAAAGACAAAGAAGAGACAGUAAACAGCUCGCUACCCGCAUUGGAGCUCGUCAGUGUUGUCCAAAUCCCUUCGCUGUCUGGUGUGCCGGUGGGCGCGAAUACGAUGUUUCGCGCUGCGAAGUUCCACCCAUCAGAUCCGUCUGUACUUUAUGCGAUGCUCAACUGUACAUCUCCACGCACGCGCAGCACUAAAUCUGUUAAGCGCCAGGCCUAUGCUAUAAAAUGGGUUGUAAAUGCUCAUGGGAGCGAGGAGAAGGCAGGUAAAGGUAAAGUGACAAUAACACUAGAGAAGUCUCGCAAGGCAGGCGAAAGCGGAGUUACAUGCUUCGACGUUAGCCCAGAUGGCAAAUUUCUAGCUUUGGGCUCAUCUAAUUAUGCUAUCAAUCUACUGGACUCUAAUACUCUCAGCCCCCUGUUGACGAUUUUGAAAGCGCACGACUUUCCCCUCACGACUCUCUGCUUCAAUCCAACGUCAAAACUACUUGUUUCAGGGAGUGCAGACAGUACCGUGCGCGUGGUAAGCGUACCAGGUCAGCUUGGAGGACAAUCGUGGAGCACAGUUCUAUUUAUUAUUGUGGCUCUCAUUGCCAUUCUCAUAGCAAUUACUUUGAGUAAAUGAUGUGUGCGAUACAUUUAUCCUCCAUAUUGCGGACUGUUUAUGGUUAAUUAUGGGCUCACGUAUGCCUUUUCGAAUAUAUAUAUACAAAUUAUACAUUAUACUGCGCUACAUUACACCUUGUGAAGAAAAAAAGGACCCUAGCAGGAAUUUGAACUCGCAGAAGUGGGCACCUAGUCGUAAUCUUCCUCUUCGACCAACUUACGCGUUAUCCCGUUAGUUGCUGCAGCAUUAGUUUGUAUUUCUUCCAUUGCAUCAUCAGGAUUACUUUCUUCUUCCUCUUCCUCCUCUUCGUCGUCACCUCCCGUACCAAACAGUCCAUCCUCCUCUUCUCCAUCGCUGCCUUCCUCCGGUGCCGCUGCUGCUACAAUGGGACCGCUGAUCGGCGUAGCCGUCAUCUCGAUAUCGGCGGGAGUGAUGGGUCCCGCGGUACGGACAGGUAUAGAGGUUGGUUCCAUAUCAGCAUCGUCCUCCUCCUCCUCUUCUUCCUCUUCGCCACCCAUUAUUCUUGCACGUACUGCAGGAGUCUCAGGUUCGUCGUCAUCUUCUAUUUCUUCGAUCUCUUCAUCAUAGAGUUUUACGCCGGGCGGUGGUUUGUUAGGUAUUAGAUCGAAAUUCACAGCAGUGAGCGUUUCAUUUGCCGGGGGUAAUCGGACACCGAAUA